ACAAAAAAUAAACAUGUCGGAUAGGCCUACUGACGCUUCGUGACUUUUCAAGUUUAACUUUAAAUCUACUGCGUAUUGUCCGCAGGAAUGAUUUGUUAUAAGUAGUCAAGUAUUGUAAGUGUACCAUGAAAUAAAUUUUGUCAAAGAUGUGUGACCAUCGGCAUUUACGAUCACCACCACCAGCUGGAAUAGUUGACCAUGUGUCCUUCCUGUCGGACAAUCUUAGUGAUUUAGUGGACAACUCAGAUUACAGUGAUAUCACGCUUAUGGUGGAAAAUGUGGCAUUUCCUGCACACAAAGUCAUCUUGGCAACUAGAUCUGAAUAUUUUAGAGCUCUUCUAUAUGGUGGGAUGAAGGAGUCCCAGCCAGGAACUACACAGAUCGAACUGAAGGAUACAUCAGCCUCAGCAUUCGGCAUCCUGUUGAAGUACAUGUACAGUGGUCGUCUUAACCUGCUAGAAAUUAAGGAUGAAAAUCUGUUGGACAUAUUGGGAAUGUCUCAUCGUUAUGGUUUUGUGGAUCUUGAAUCUGCCAUUUCUGACUAUUUGAAGGCGAUUUUGAACAUUUCAAAUGUGUGUUUGAUUUAUGACAUUGCAAACAUGUACCAUCUUACAUCCCUGUGCCAAGUGUGCAAGGAAUUCAUAGACAAAAACGCCCAGGAGAUUCUAGUGAAUGAAACAUUUUUUACCUUAUCUCAGAGCUCUAUUAAAGAGUUGAUAUCUAGGGAUUCAUUUUGUGCACCAGAAAAUACGAUAUUCAAUGCAGUGGUCAAGUGGACAGAACACAAUCAAGGACAAGACCCGAGUCCAAUUCUAGAAUGCAUCAGGUUACCACUGAUGAGCAUGAAUGACCUGCUGAAUGUGGUCAGACCAACCAGCCUUGUAUCACCAGACUCCAUUUUGGAUGCCAUUAAACUUCAGACUGAAAGUCGAGACAUGGAGCUUAAUUACAGAGGAUCAUUAAUUCCAGAGACAAAUGUAGCAACACAGCGCUAUGGAGCCCAGGUGAUACGAGGAGAGAUGAAGAACUCACUUCUGGACGGUGACUCCCAGAACUAUGACCUUGACCGGGGCUUCACCCGCCACCCAAUCGAUGAUAACUUUGGACAGGGUGUGGUGGUCAAACUAGCAAGCCCAUACAUCAUUAACUGUAUCAAACUUCUGCUUUGGGACAGGGAUAUGAGGUCUUACUCAUACUACCUGGAGGUUUCCAUGGAUGACAAGGACUAUGAGAGAGUUGUAGACCACAGCCGCUACCUGUGUCGAUCCUGGCAGACACUCUACUUCCAACCAAGAGUUGUCAGAUAUGUAAGAGUAGUAGGAACUCAUAACACUGUCAACAGAGUGUUUCACCUCGUUUCUUUUGAUUGCCUAUUCAUCAAUAAACCAUUUAUGCUGGAGCAAGGUUUAGUUGUUCCCUCUGAAAAUGUAGCCACUAUAGGGGCAGGUGCUUGUGUGAUAGAGGGAGUGAGCCGGAGUCGAAACGCCUUGAUAAACGGGGACACCCGUCACUACGACUGGGACUCGGGCUACACCUGUCACCAGCUGGGGAGUGGGGCCAUCAUCGUCCAGCUGGCCCAACCAUACAUCAUAGACUCAAUGAGACUGCUGCUAUGGGAUUGUGAUGACAGAAGUUACAGUUAUUAUGUAGAGGUCUCCACCGAUCAGAAGUCGUGGUACUUGCUGGCAGACAAACGCAAGGAACAGUGCAAGUCAUGGCAAGUUAUCAAAUUUGAGAAGAGGCCUGUAACUUUUGUCAAAAUUGUCGGAACCCAUAAUACAGCAAAUGAGGUGUUCCACUGUGUUCACUUUGAAUGCCCGGCGGAGAUGACUAAUCCUUCAAACAACAACAGUAUACCACGCUCUGCCAGUCCGCAGCCCGCUGGACCGAGUUCUUCUGGCCUCUCCCACCAGCCCAGACCAAGCAUGCACCAGUCCCACAGUUCUGAGAAUUACGCAAGUGCCGAAUAUUGCCCUCAUGAGGCCCCUGAAGCCGACAGACAAGACAGCACCAGCUCCCACGACGAAUCAGAAAACUAGCGACUAAAGACUUCUUGAGGGGUUCCAAAAGGAGAGUGCAAUUUACUGUGAUUUUGUGAAUGGAUGUUGGAGAGAGUAAUACAAUGUUUUUCUCUGAUUUUAUACAGUUGUGAUUUUUUUUUUUUGACAUUACGACGGCUAUACAGCCGAGUGUUACUGUAGAAAUACUGGUUAUGUUAUUUAUUUCUUUUAUUUAUAUGUGUGUGAUAAAGUGGAGUUCAUAUCAAGCACAAGUUCAUUUUACAGAAGACACUCUAGGUAGAGUUAGAUACCGGUAUGACAUGCGUGGGUGUGAACAAGUGAUGCUAUUUAUAUGAGAAAGCUUUAGAUUUAACAUUACAUGUAUAUUAGAAGAAAUCCACAGCUUCAAUGCAAAUUAUUAUACAAGUGCUUUACAUCGAUCACUGUUUUUCAUAUUUAGUCAACAUACAAGGAUAUUUUCGAUGCAUUUUUUUCCCCAACUGUUUUUGAGUACAUUGUAGAUCUUCUAUUCUUCUGGUACUUGUCCUCACGAAAUAACUAACUGGCAUCUGAUAGCAGGAUUGAAAUUCAUAUAAAAUGUCCUAUUAAUGUAGCAUGAAUGUAUAGAUAACUCAUGUGCGUAACAAUCCCUUCAUUUCCUGGAAAAGGCGUCGCCAUUUUUUUUUUAAUAAUAAUAAUUUGUCAAUUAUAUUUAGGAAAUCUACAAAAAUUCAAAAGAAAUGGAAACUGGUUUAGGCAAUUAAGAAAGAGACAAUAUUAUAGGUGUCAGAUGAUAAGAGAAGAAUUCUGUAUUGAAUUUAUCCCAGUAUACAUGAGAGAUUUGGUGCAUUUACUGUGAUAACAGUAGAUAGCUAGUAAAUGAGAGCCGUUAUUUGUUCUUUAUGGACAUGGCCUAUUGAUUCAUUGCCCAUCUGUGGUAUAGGUAUCAAAUUACAUUCAGUGAAUGAAACCAUGAUUGAUUUAUAUAAUAACUUGCAGCUUCAACUGUGUAGUGCAUAUCUUUCUUCCAUGGUUAUUAUCUAUUCAAUGUCUUUCCAAACUGGAUACAUAAUAUAUAAAGGAUGCAAGUAAAUGUAGAUUAAUUUUAAUGUUCUGUUCUGAUGCUAUGAUAAUGUAUUGAAUUGUUCACCAUUUCGUUUACCUUACAUGUCAAAUCAACAUUUUUUUUUUGUGAAACCUUUUGAAAAUGAAAACAUUCUAUUCAAUUUGAUAUUAUUACAGAUUUUUUUUACAGAAUCUGUUUGCCGAUAUAGAUACAAUAAUCAGUUUACAUGGAUUUCUAAACACUAUUUGUUUAAACAAAUUAAAUUCUGAUUUUCUUUUUUGUAUUUGAACAAUCUAAUGGUAAUUACCGGCUGUGAUUUUUACGAUAAAUAUCAACCAAUGCUGUUCAAAUGUUAUUCUCUACAUAUUUUAUAAAUCAAUGGUAUAUUGUAGUUAACUAAAUACACGUACAUGUAGCUGUUGAUAUGUUUGCAGUGAGAAAUGUUCAUUAUUACUAAAGAUUUUUCUUAUUAAAUGAUAUUUGUUUUUGAAAUUAAAUAAAAUUUGAUUAAAGAUAAAUUUGUAUUUCCUAUC